ACUCCUCGGUGUUGUCGUUUCUAUAGCAACAAACUAGCUCGUAACCUUGGGCAGGCGAGAGCUUUGCUAUGGCAAAUAACGCAGCUAAACAGUUAGGUGAAGUGACGCUUGAGCAAAUUCAACAUGAACACCAUCUUCUCAAGAGACAGACAGAUAAAGAGCAUGGAGCUGACAGUGAGCCAUGCUGAGAAGUACCUGGGUCAGUUCUGCAGCCUGCUGGCCUCUUACACCAGGAAGACAGCCAAGCUCAGGGACCAGGCUGACAUGCUGGUCAGACAGCUCAAUGACUUCUCGAAUACUGAGGACCCAGAGCUCCGUACCUGUCUGAAAAACCUGUCUGAAGACCUGGCCAUGGUGCAGGACUACCGCCAGGCGGAGGUAGAGAGGCUGGAGAGCAAAGUCGUCACUCCCCUCAAAGCCUACGGAGAUAUUGUUGAAAACAAGAGAGCGGAUCUGAAGAGGUUCAAUGCUGAUCGGGACAGAGCGCUGAAAGAGCUGCAGAAACUGGAGAAACUCCAACAGAAGAAUCCCUCUGAUAGAUAAAGAAUUUACAGUUGUAGUAUUCCUUUGCUGUUUGACUUUCAGGCAGAGGUGAAUGCUCAGAAGGCGACCAAUAACGCUCACCGCAGCACUAGACAACUGGAGGAGACCAUCAGUGACUUCCACAGACAGAAACUGGAGGACAUCAAGAGGAUCUUCACAGACUUCAUCACAGUGGAGAUGGUGUUCCAUGCCAAGGCUCUUGAGGUCUACACACACACCUUCCAGAACCUGGACAGCAUGGACAUAGACAAGGACCUGGAGGUAAACAACAUCUACUAUCCAUUCACGUUGAACCCCAGUGAAAGGAGUGGAUUGUGAAUGAAGAGAUUUUACCAGGAGAGGGCAGCAGAGAGUGAACAUCAGCAUGAUUACCCUGAAGAAUACUGUGACACAUUGUCACGCCCUGACCUUAGAGAUCCUUUUUAUGUCUCUAUUUUGGGUUGGUCAGGGCGUGAGUUGGGGUGGGCAUUCUAUGUUUUUGUUCUAUGUAUUCUUUUUCUAUGUGUUUGGCCGGGUGUGGUUCUAAAUCAGAGGCAGCUGUCUAUCGUUGUCUGAUUGAGAACCAUACUUAGGUAGCCUUUUCCCACCUGUGUUUUGAGGGUAGUUGUUUUCUGUUUUUGUGUCUGCACCAGACAGAACUGUUUUGCUUUCGUUCUCCUGUUUGUUGUUUUUGUUCGAUUUGUUUUUUGGGGAUGAAAUCAUGAACACUUUAAAAGCUGCACCUUGGUCCACUCUUCCUUCAGCCCACGAGAAGCGUUACACACAUGCUGGAACACCCACUCACAUUGACAUACGUUGCAUACUCAGGCAGACUUGCACUCACACACACCUAAAACAACAGAGAGUCUUAGACCAAGAGUCGCUCCGUCCCUUUAAAUAGAUCACAUCCUUUACCUGAACAGAUGGCAUCAGGUUAACCAUCUGAAUAGUCAGCAGUACCCUCGGUCACGUCAGAGUUAAUGGACACACACAUGCACACAUUCUCUCUCUCUCUCUCUCUCUCACACUUCGUAAUGUUAUAUUUGUGAAACAAGGAUGACCGUCUAACUCUGAGGUGAGUCUAUGAGAGCUGGUAGCUGUUUCAUUACUAUUUCAUGAGAACUGUCAGUGUGGAAGAGGUGAAACAAUUAUUGUUGUCUAUCAACAAUGACAAGCCACCAGGGUUUGACAAUCUGGAUGGAAAAUUACUGAGUAUAAUAGCAGAUAAUAUUGCCACUCCUAUUUGCCACAUCUUCAAUUUAAACAUACUAGAGAGCGUGUGCCCUCUGGCCUGGAGGGAAACUAAAGUCAUUCCGUUACCCAAGAAUAGUAAAGCCCCCUUUACUGGCUCAAAUAGCUGACCAAUCAGCCUGUUACAUACCCUUAGUAAACUUCUGGAAAAAAAUUGUGUUUGACUAAAUACAAUGCUAUUUCACAGUAAACAAAUUGACAACAGAAUUUCAGCAUGCUUAUAGGAAAGGACAUUCAACAAGCACAACACUUACACAAAUGAUUGAUGAUUGCCAGAGAAAUUGAUGAUAAAAUGAUUGUGGGUGCUGUCUUGUUAGACUUCAGUGCAGCUUUUAACAUUAUCGAUCAUAGUCUGCGGCUGGAGAAACGUAUGUGUUAUGGCUUUACACCCCCUGCUAUAAUCCCCUGCUAUAAUGUGGAUAAAGAGUUACUUGUCUAACAGAACACAGAGGGUGUUCUUUAAUGGAAGUCUCUCAAAUAUAAUCCAGUUAGAAUCAGGAAUUCUCCAGGGUAGCUGUUUAGGCCCCUUUCUUUUUUCAAUUUUACUAACGACAUGUCACUGACUUUGAGUAAAGCCAGUGUGUCUAUGUAUGCGGAUGACUCAAUACUAUACACGUCAGCUACUACAGUGACUGAAAUGACUGCAACACUCAACAAAGAGCUGCAGUUAGUUUCAGAGUGGGUGGCAGAGAAUAAGUUAGCCCUAAAUAUUUCCAAAACUAAAAGCAUUGUAUUUGGAACAAAACCCUAAACCUCAACUAAAUCUUGUAAUAAAUAAUGUGUAAACUGAGCAAGAUGAGAUGACUAAACUGCUUGGAGUAACCCUAGAUUGUAAACUGUCAUGGUCAGAACAUAUUAAUGCAGUAGUAGCUAAGAUGGGGAGAAGUCUGUCUAUAAUAAAGCGAUGCUCUGCCUUCUUAACAACACUAUCAACAAUGCAGGUCCUACAGGCACUAGUUUUGUCACACCUUGACUACUGUUCAGUCGUGUGGUCAGGUGCCCCAAAAAAAGGACUUAGGAAAAUUGCAAUUGGCUCAGAACAGGGCAGCACGGCUGGCUUUUGGAUGUACACCGAGAGCUAAUAUUAAUAAUAUGCAUGUCAAUCUCUCCUCGCUGAAAGUGGAGGAGAGAUUGACUUCAUCACUACUUUUGUUUAUAAGAGGUAUUGACAUGUUGAAAGCACCGAGCUGUCUGUCUAAACUACUGGCACACAGCUUGGACACCCAUGCAUACCCCACAAGACAUGCCACAAGAGGUCUCUUCACAGUCCCCAAGUCCAGAACAGACUAUGGGAGGCACACAGUACUACAUAGAGCCAUGACUACAUGGAACUCUAUUCCAAAUCAAGUAACUGACGCAAGCAGUAAAAUUUGAUUUAAAAAACAGAUUAAAAAACACCUUAUGGAACAGCGGGGACUGUGAAGCAACACAAACAUCGGCGCAGACACACACACACACACACACACACACACACACACACACACACACACACACACACACAUGGAUUUAGUACUGUAGAUAUGUGGUAGUGGUGGAGUAGGGGCCUGAGGGCACACAGUGUGUUGUGAAAUCUGUGAACGUAUUGUAAUGUUUUAAAAAUUGUAUAAACUGCCUUAAUUUUGCUGGACCCCAAGAAGAGUAGCUGCUGCAUCAGCUAAUGCAGAUCCAUAAUAAAUACAAAUACAAACUG